AUGUGUAGAUGCGAUAGCAAAGGGGUUCGAGGAUAUGCACCAGCUUAUGCUUACGGUGGAUGGACGACAAAAUCUUUCAAAUCUAUUCAGCUUGGAACCUCCUGGGACGAUGUCUCCGAUGUAUCCGAAAUUGAUAAGCAAUUCUUCUUUGCGAAUAUUAUAGAACAAUUUGCAGGAAUAGCGUCUGGUCAUGGUAUACCGGAUAUGUGCAGAAUUAUGCGUGAACGAGGGCAAGCCAUUCAAAAUAUCGCCAAGUUCAAUGAAUACAUGACAAGAUUUUAUCAGGGUGGUGAAUUCAACUACACAUUCAACAGUUACAAAGAUUACAUUAAAGCACUACAACAAUCACUAUUUACAGGUGAG